GUGUGUGGCCGGUGCCGCCUCUGCCCGCGCCCCCGCCCACCACAAUCUCUCGCCCAUCGAGCUAGCUAGCUUGCCCGGCUCCCCAGGCACGAUAAGAACUCCGAUCGCGGCGAGUCCUUCCAAGGGAGCGUGCAGCGAGAUCGCAGCUUCGGCUGCCUUCUUAUAUUCGUUUCCCAAAUCCCAGUGACACAGAGCCCGUGCAGUUCCUUGUUUUCUACCCUUCUCGUCCCCCCGGGCUCUCGUCCAUUUCUCAGUUUCCCUUGGCGACAGAACGCAGACGCCGUCGUGGCUGUGCGCGGAGAGGAAACGGCCGGGGAGGUGUCGCGAUGGGGAAGAAGCGGGGGGCGGCCGUGACCGCCGCCGCGGCGCCCGUCUUCCCGUUCCCGGCCGCCGCCGCCGCUGCCGGCGAGCAGGACCACUUCAGCGACUACGGAUUCGACCCGCAGCUCGUCGGCCUCUUCGCCCAGCCGGAGGCGAAGCGGAGCAGGCGACAACAAUCCCACCAGUCGUCGCCGCUAGAGUCCGCGCGGUUCAAGCUCGAGAAGCCCAUCUCCAAGAAGCACCACCACCUGCACAAACAGCAGCAACUGCAGCGGCGCCGCCGGUGGUGGAGCUCGGCCGCCUCCGCCGCGCUCCUCCUCUUCAAGCGCCCCUCCUCCUCCUGCUACUGCGGCCCCGCGGCGGCUCCAGCUCCUCCCCACUACGGACCCUCCGCCUCAGCCGCCGUGCCGCUGUACCUCGCCGCCGACGACGACGGCCCGGCCGCGUGCGCGUGCUGGGCGCCGGCCACGCGGUCCGGCCGCCUGGCCGCCGCCGAGCUCGGCGCCGCGGCGGAGGCGGUGCCCUACGUCAGCCUCAGGUCCGCUAGCCUCGGCGGCGGUGGCGCCAGAGCAGGUGGAGGCGCUCCGGCGAUGCCCAUCUACCUCGUGACCUGAAGCUGGCCCGGCUGCCGCCGCGAACUCUUCCUUUUCCUUUCCCCGGCCGGGGUUCUUCUUGGUGAGAAGCUUGGACCACAUGUCAGUGAAUGUUUUCACCGGCUGGUUCGAUGGCUGACCGAGAUGUCGGUCGGUCAAAGUCAAUGGUCAAAGAACCAGCGCUUUAGAGUUUACUAGAAAACUUGCUAGCAAUUAUGUGUUUGGGGAUAGACAUAUUGAACAUUUAAUGUAUUCCUUCAUAUGAUGGAAAUUGACGUGGCAGGUGACUAAAUGAGGAAUGAGCUAAUGUCUCCACCGGAAAAGGUUAGGCACAAAUUUGAAGAGAUAGUAUAACCACAAGAAAUAUGCAUUCGGGGUAAACAUGUCCUCAUAAUUUAGUUUGUUCCAUCUUGUAUAUUGAUCAUGGAGUUAUCUAAACAUGAGAAGUAGAUAUUUUGUAUUAGAGGGCAGUAGCUCUUUGCCUAAGAAUAAAAAUAUAGAAAAAAAACUUACUUACCCUCUUUUUUCUACUAAUGUAUUUUAGAUAGUGGAAGAAAAGUUUUGGGUUUAUCAUCUUUUUGCUGAUGAUGAUUCUUGGAUAACUGAAUAGCUUCAUUCAGGGGCGGAGCUCCCCAUGGGGGCAGUUGCCCCCACCUACCACCGGAGUGGCACCAGUACCUCUAUCUUCCUCACUUCCGGCGAGCAAUGGACCGGUGUAGUGGCGGCGUCCGACUCUCCAUGACGAGAGGAAACAAGUGGAAAAAUGGGGAGAGAAGAAAAGGCCCAUAGCCCAGCCGAGUUGACCCAAGUGGAACGAACUCCCCAAACCUCUAAUUUCCGAGCUUCCGUCGUCCGGUUGUCAGCUCCUCCCGACCUCCCGCUAACAUCCGCGCCUCCGCCUUUGCACUUCGCAGUCCGCUGCCUCUGUGGGGGCGUGGUAGCGUGGGGCUAGUGGCGCGGCGGUGGCAGCGCAGCAGUAGCCGGGGCCCUCCGGGGGCUCCGGGAGCGUGGAACGCGAGUCGGCGCCGCUGCGGCUGCACCUCGGGAGGGCUAGGCGCCGGGCGGGGCCUGGCACGCCGGCGCUCUCGUGGAAGAUGGAGGACGAGAGAGCUCAGGAGGAUACGACGCCUGCGGGCAUUGCGUUGGCCGCGGCGAGGAGGAGCUCGGCAUCAGCGUCGGUGCGGCAGCUGGGCGCCAGCCUCUGGGAGAUUCACAACAUCGCGCGGGAGGGCCGUCGGCACAGGCC